AUGUUGGGAUUCGGGCGAAGAAAGUUUCUUUCUUUCCCACUGGUCAUCGGCGCAGUCAUUAUUGGUGUUGUUUCUGGUAAAUCAAUAUUUGGACCUCCACUUGAUGAGUACUGGAAAAAGAAGCGUCAGGAAGAAGCUGCUGCCGCCGCUGCAGCAGCUAAAGAAAAUGACUCAAUCAAAACCUAG